UCCUCUUGCGUUUCUCAUGUCCGCUUCGUCUCCUUUCUCUCUCUAUCGUUGUUGUUAGCAGAGCAGAUACACAGCGAGAAAAGCAAGAAGAAUCACGCCAACGGUGCGCUAGGCACAGCUGUGGUGGUGCGUACGUAUAUAUAUAUAUAUCUAUAUAUAUUUGUGUAUUGUGAUGAGGACGAGGAGGGGAUUGUAUUAUCCGAGAGUGAUGGAUAUUCGUGUGGAUGAGAACUGUAACCGCCUCGUGAAGAGAAGGAAACUGGAGAGCGUCGCCGGGGAGAAAAUGCGUUGCCGGAAACUUUUGGAUGUUUCGGAGGAGAUAGACGGAGGAAAUGAAUUUUUCGAUGCGUUGCCGGAUGAUCUGGUUCUGUGUAUUCUCGGCAAGCUCAGCUCCUCUGCCCAGUGUCCGGCGGAUUUCGUUAAUGUUCUGAUAACGUGCAAAAGACUCAACGGAUUAGGUCUCAACUCGCUGGUUCUAUCCAAAGCGUCUCGAAAAAUGGUAGCAGUUAAAGCCAAAAACUGGUCGGAAUCCGCUCACCGGUUCCUCAAACUCUGCGCCGACGCCGGAAAUGCCGAAGCCUCCUAUACUCUAGGCAUGAUUCGGUUCUACUGCUUUCAAAAUCGAGCUAGUGGAGCGUCGUUAAUGGCGAAGGCCGCUAUUGGAUCCCAUCCGUCGGCGCUCUACUCACUCGCCGUGAUUCAGUUCAACGGCAGCGGAGGCACCAAAAACGACAAGGAUUUACGCGCCGGUGUAGCGCUCUGCGCACGCGCCGCCUUCCUCGGCCACAUCGACGCCCUCCGCGAGCUCGGUCACUGUCUGCAGGACGGCUAUGGAGUGAAGCGGAACAUCGCCGAGGGCCGACGCCUCUUAAUACAAGCCAACGCGCGCGAGCUCGCCGCCGUGCUCCUCUCCUGCCCGCUGGCGAUGGUGCCGCCGCCGUCGUGGCUGACCGGGAACCCCCAGCGCGCCGCCUCCGCCGACGGCGUCUGCCCGCUGCUGAGCGACUUCGGCUGUAAUGUUCCCUCGCCGACGCCUCACCCGGCCAAUCAAUUCCUCACCGACUGGUUCUCAUCUCGCGCCGGCGAUGGUUCCGGUCAGGGCCCCCGAUUGUGCUCCCACGCCGGCUGUGGCCGGCCGGAGACGCGGCGGCACGAGUUCCGCCGGUGUUCGGUCUGCGGUGCUGUGAACUACUGCUCACGUGCCUGUCAGGCGCUGGAUUGGAAGCUCCGCCACAAGGCGGAGUGUUCGCCCGUCGACAGAUGGGCCGACGACGACGGUGAUAUCGCCGGCGGCCAUCACUUAAACGGCGAUUUUAACGACGCAAUGGAGAGUUAGAGCUAACGGCGUGAACGUCAGGGGUGGGUGAAAAUGGAAAAUUAAGAGAGUAGAAAAUUUUUGGGGUGCCAAAUUUUGUGGGCGGAAUUGAGAGAGAUCAAUCAGAAACUGUACGGCACAACUCCAAUCGCAGAAACGAAACGCUCUGUCAUGUGUAAAUUCAGCCCUUUGGUAAUUUCAAAAUUUUAAACGAGGGAUAAAAAAAAUUCCAAUGUUUUUUCAAUUAAAAAUAAAAAUUGCACAAUGAUCCCCAUGGAUUUAGUCCAAUAUAACAAGCAUUAAAUAUUAUGUGAAAAAAUCAAUCGACACGACAGGAGGGAGGAGAUGAUAUUGCUGGGCUUUAUUCACAUUGGUCUAAAAUGACAGCAAAUUUGAUGUAUGUGUCACAUGAAAAGUAGGGGCAGAGAAGUAAGAGUUUUAUUAUUAUUAUAA